CAUCGCCCCGGGCCGCCCCCGGGGAAACGGGGAACGGGGCCGCCCUCGGGGAAAGAACGGGGCCGCCCCCGGGGAAAGGACGGGGCCGCCCCCGGGGAAACGGAGCCGCCCCCGGGGAAAGGACGGGGAACGGAGCCGCCCCCGGGGAAACGGAGCCGCCCCCGGGGAAAGGACGGGGAAACGGAGCCGCCUCCCCGGGGAAACGGAGCCGCCCCCGGGGAAACGGGGAACGGAGCCGCCCCCGGGGAAAAACGGGGCAGCCCCCGGGAAGGGACGGGGAAACGGAGCCGCUCCCCCGGGGAAGAACGGAGCCGCUCCCGGGGAAAACGGGGCAGCCCUCCCGGGGAAAGGACGGGGAACGGGGCCGCCCCCCCGGGGAAAAGCGGGGCCGCCCCCCGGGAAGGGACCGGGAACGGAGCCGCUCCCCCGGGGAAACGGAGCCGCCCCCGGGGAAAACGGGGCAGCCCCCCCGGGGAAAACGGGGCAGCUCCCCCCGGGGAAAACGGGGCAGCCCCCCCCGGGGAAAGGACGGGGAACGGAGCCGCCCCCGGGGAAAGGACGGGGCCGCCCCCGGGGAAAAACGGGGCCGCCCCCCCCGGGAAAGAACGGGGAACGGAGCCGCCCCCCCGGGGAAACGGAGCCGCCCCCGGGGAAAGAACGGGGCCGCCCCCGGGAAGGGACCGGGAACGGGGCCGCCCCCGGGGAAAGAACGAAGCCGCUCCUCCGGGGAAAGAACGGGGCCGCCCCCCCGGGGAAAGGACGGGGCCGCCCUCGGGGAAAGAACGAAGCCGCUCCUCCGGGAAAGAACGGGGGAACGGGGCCGCCCCCGGGGAAAGGACGGGGCCGCCCUCGGGGAAGGGACCGGGAACGGAGCCGCUCCUCCGGGAAGGGACGGGGCCGCUCACCCGGGAAGGAACGGGGGAACGGAGCCGCCCCCGGGAAAGAACGGAGCCGCUCCCCGGGAAGGGACCCGGGAACGGAGCCGCCCCCCCGGGGAAACGGAGCCGGUCCUCCGGGAAAGAACGGAGCCGCUCACCCGGGAAGGGACGGGGGAACGGAGCCGCCCCCCCGGGGAAACGGACCUGCCCCCUGGGAAAGAACGGAGCCGCUCACCCGGGGAAGGAACCGGGAACGGAGCCGAGUCCCCGGGGAAGAACGGAGCCGCUCCCCGGGGAAAGCGGGGCCGCCCCCGGGAAGGGACCGGGAACGGGGCCGCCCCCGGGAAGGGACCGGGAACGGGGCCGCCCCGGGGAAACGGACCUGCCCCCUGGGAAAGAACGGGGGAACGGAGCCGCCCCCCCGGGGAAGAACGGAGCCGCCCCCGGGGAAAGGACCCGGGAACGGAGCCGCCCCCCGGGAAAGAACGGAGCCGCUCCCCGGGAAGGGUCGGGGGAACGGGGCCGCCCCCCCGGGGAAACGGAGCCGCUCCCCGGGAAGGGACGGAGCCGCUCCCCGGGAAGGGACGGAGCCGCUCCCCGGGAAGGGACGGAGCCGCUCCCCGGGAAGGGACGGAGCCGGCCCGGUGCGAGCGGCGGGGGUGGCCGAGGGAAGCGGCCACCGGCAGCGGGCCGGGAGCAACGGGCACGGGGCGAAGGGCAACGGGCACCGGGCCAGGGACAACGGGCGAGGACAACGGGCACGGGGCGAGCGGCAACGGGCACCGGGCAAAGG